AUGGAGACCUUGCGCGACACUGCAUUCGGCAAGCUGGUUCGCUUAGCCACUCGGUACAAAUUAAUGCAGUAUCCAGAAGAGAAAGAUACUUCUCUUUGGACCGAGUAUUUGAAGACGGAAUUGAAAGAUGAGGCAGCACCCUCAAUGACAGAGACCGAACAUGGAGACGUCGAAGAUCUGGAGGCUUUAGGUAUCUAUACCGUCAUGUCUCAGGCCUCCACCCGGUCCCGACGGAUCUCUUCUGCUUCUACUAUUGGAGGUGCAAACCAGUCUAUCGUGAUCAGUUGGCGAGGGGACGAUGAUCCGGAGAACCCACAAAAUUGGAGCAUAAAGAAGAAGUCUUUUGUCAGCACCUUGAUCUGCUUUUUGACAUUCGCCAUCUACGUUGGCUCUGCAAUUUAUACGCCCGGUGUUCCCGGUGUUGAAGAGCAAUUCGGAGUUAGCAGUGUCGCUGCCUUACUUGGACUAACAUUAUUCGUCCUUGGCUAUGGACUUGGACCAAUGAUUUGGUCACCCUUAUCCGAAAUUCCCCAGAUAGGCCGAAGUCCAACAUACGUCCUAACACUCUUCGUGUUCGUAUUCUUCAACUUCGGCGUCAUCUACGCCAAAAACUUCGGCAUGCUUUUAGCAUUUCGAUUCCUUACCGGCUUCAUCGGUUCACCGGCUCUAGCAACCGGUGCCGCAUCCAUGGGUGAUAUGUGGAGCCCUAAGAUGCGCGACUACAUGAUUGCAGUCUGGGGCAUGUUCGCAAUUUCAGCGCCAGUCUUAGGCCCGAUGCUGGGAGGCUUUGCUGCCGCGGCCAAGGGAUGGACAUGGACGAUCUGGCAAUUAGUGUGGGCAUCGGGCCUUGCAUUUGUCCUACUGUUCUUCGGACUUCCGGAGACAUUUGCGCCGAAUAUUCUUGCCAGGCGUGCAAGGCGGGUUCGUCGUAUUACGGGGAAUUCGCAAUAUAUGUCCGAGUCGGAGAUUGAAAUUAAGGAGAUUAAACCGGUGGACCUCAUUUUCGAAUCCCUAGUCCGUCCCUUUCAACUCUGUUUUCUUGAACCCAUCGUGUUCCUCUUGAAUCUCUACAUCGCCCUCAUAUAUGGUAUUCUCUACACCUGGUUCGAAGCUUUCCCAAUCGUCUUCUCUGAGAUCCACGGCUUCAAUUCCGGCGAAAGCGGUCUAGCCUUCAUGGGUAUUCUUGUCUCAACGGUCUGCAUCACGAUCCCGGCGUACUUCUACUGGAAAUGGAAGUAUCAAUCACGCCACGUCGACGCAAAUGGAAACCUCCCACCAGAAUGGCAGAUGCCACCGGCCAUUGUGGGCGCAUUUGCACUGCCGAUUUCACUCUUCUGGUUUGGUUGGACAGGUAACUUUGCUAGUGUGCAUUGGAUUGUGCCGAUUAUUGGUUCGAUGUUCUUUGCUCUCGGGGGUUGUUUGAUCUUUAAUUCCAUCUUUUGUUACCUUGCGCAUGCUUAUCCACGAUAUGCGGCGAGUGUGCUUGCAGGGAAUGAUUUCAUGCGGUCUUCGUUUGGGGCUGGGUUUCCGCUUUUUGCUUCGGCUAUGUUUCAUAAUCUGGGAGUGGGAUGGGCUUGUACUUUGUUGGGAUGCUUGACUAUAGUCUUUAUGCCGUUUCCUUUUAUUCUGUUCUACAUGGGGAGGAGGAUUCGGAUGGCAAGCAAGUAUGCGCGGCAUGACAUUUGA